GGGCCAGAUCCCUCGUGGAAAUAGACCUCUGCGGGGAAGAGGGUGUUUAAAAAGGGGGGUGCCAUGGACCAGUACAGCAUCCUGGGCCACAUUGGAGAGGGGGCCCACGGGAUUGUUUUCAAAGCCAAGAAUAUUGAGACAGGGGAGACGGUUGCCCUGAAGAAGGUGGCUCUCCGCAAGCUGGAGGACGGUAUCCCGAACCAAGCCCUGAGGGAGAUCAAAGCGCUGCAGGAAAUUGAGGAAAACCAACAUGUGGUGAAGCUGAAGGAUGUCUUCCCCCACGGCACCGGCUUUGUCCUGGUGUUUGAGUACAUGAUCUCCGACCUUUCUGAGGUGAUCCGCAACUCCGAACAGCCCCUCACCGACGCCCAAGUGAAAGGCUACAUGCUCAUGCUACUCCAGGGGGUGGCCUUCUGCCAUACCAACUCCAUCAUGCACCGGGACCUGAAACCAGCCAAUUUGCUGAUCAGCUCUACAGGGCAGCUUAAAAUUGCGGACUUUGGUCUGGCCAGGGUGUUCACCCGAGACGGAGACAGGCUGUAUAGCCACAAAGUGGCAACUAGGUGGUAUCGGGCCCCGGAACUCCUCUAUGGAGCUCGGAAAUACGACGAAGGCGUGGAUCUGUGGGCUGUGGGCUGCAUCUUUGCGGAGCUUCUCAACAACUCCCCGCUCUUCCCGGGGGAGAAUGAUAUCGAGCAGUUGUGCUGUGUCCUCGGAGUGCUUGGGACCCCCAACCAGAAGAUCUGGCCGGAGAUCACCGAACUGCCCGAUUACAACAAGAUCUCGUUCAAAGAGAAGCCGCCCGUUCCCCUGGAGCAGGUGGUGCCGGAUGCCUCGCCACAGGCCGUGCAGCUCCUGAAACAGUUCCUGGUCUAUCCUUCCAAGCACCGCGUGCGGGCAGCGCAGGCGCUGCUGCACCCCUAUUUCUUCACCCCACCGCUGCCUGCCCACCACUCCGAGCUGCCCGUCCCCCAGCGGGGGGGCAAGAAGGCUCGCCCACAGCACCAGCGGGACUUCCACGUGGAGCAGCCCCUGGAGGAAUCCCUGGUGGAUCUGGAACUCGUGGCGCCUUACGUGAUCGACGACUGAAGGGGGGAGGCAGGACAGAGACCCCCCGCGGCUGGCUUUGGCUCUCUCCGGCACCCCGAUCUUUCUGCUGUCCUGGGUCAGGUUGGACCCACACUGUGGAAGACUGACAGGGCCCGUGGACAUAUUUUGUCUACUGGGGACGCCGCUUCUAAACAGACCCAGGUUCUUGGGCUGGGAGACGGGAGACAGCAGGUCCCCCAGGACAGAAGGGAGAAUUUCGGGACGUGCAGUUCCUCCCUCUCUUGCAACGCCGCAUCGAAGAGACGUUUCCUGUCCAGCCUGCCGUGACUCUUAAGAACACAGGAAACCCCGUCCAACCCGGAACUGCAGAAACCUCUCUCCAGUACAGUGUCUUGUUGGGCGGCUUCCCUGUAUUCCCUGUGGCAGUUCUUAACCCCCCUGGGUGGUCUUGUCCACACGGGAGAAUCCAGUUGCAAACGGAUUGCUGUUGGGCAGUGAAAGAGAGCCAGUGAUCCAGUGCUGGGCAGAUAACAGUCUUGAUCGUCUUCCCUGCCCUUUGGCUCUGUGAGAUAGCUCAGGUCUGUAGUCUUGGAGAAUGAGUUCCUUGUUCCUUUGGUUCGGGGCGGGGGAGGAGGUUCUCUUAAGGGUCUUCCCCCAGUGCUCUGGAUCCUUCCUUCCAGGGCCUUGGGACACUCACGCACCCCCUGCCACUAUGCAGAAGCA